AUGGGGAAAGGCAGAAUAGUUGUCGUCUCUGCUCUACAGUUCGCUUGCUCCGAUGAUGUCUCCAAAAACGUCGAUACUGCCGAAAGAUUGGUUAGAGCAGCUCAUAAGGACGGUGCAAACAUCAUUCUUAUACAGGAAUUAUUUGAGGGUUAUUACUUCUGUCAAGCUCAAAGGGAGGAAUUCUUUCUGCGAGCUAAACCUUAUAAGGAGCACCCUACAAUAAUGAGGAUGCAGAAUCUUGCAAAAGAAUUGGGAGUAGUAAUACCAGUUAGCUUCUUUGAGGAGGCAAACAAUGCACAUUACAAUUCAGUAGCUGUAUUCCAAACUAAAUUUGCCAAAAUUGGAGUAGGAAUUUGCUGGGAUCAGUGGUUUCCAGAGGCAGCUCGCGCUAUGGUACUUCAGGGUGCAGAAAUAUUGUUCUAUCCCACUGCUAUUGGUUCCGAACCUCAGGAUGAUGGCCUAGAUUCUCGAGAUCACUGGAGGCGGGUAAUGCAGGGGCAUGCCGGGGCUAAUUUGGUACCUGUAGUUGCUUCAAACCGAAUAGGAAAGGAGAUAAUUCAGACAGAACAUGGCAAAAGUGAGAUCACAUUCUACGGAAAUUCUUUCAUAGCUGGACCCACAGGAGAAAUAGUUGCCACUGCUGAUGAUAGAGAAGAAGCAGUUCUUGUCGCAGAAUUUGAUCUGGAUAAAAUUAAAUCCAAGAGAUAUAGCUGGGGGGUAUUUCGUGAUCGGCGUCCAGACUUGUACAAGGUUCUUUUGACCUUAGAUGGCAGCAACAUAUCUCUAUGA